CGGGCCGUUAAGAUGGCGACUCCCAUGCACCGGCUGAUCGCCCGCAGGCAGGCAAAUAGUUGGUGUGCUCCUGGUUUAUUAAGUGGAAAUGUCUUUGCCUCAGCUCUGCUCCAGUUCUCAUCCUGACAGGGAGGCAAACAAGCAGCACGUGAGGUGCCAGAAGUGUUUGGAGUUUGGGCACUGGACUUAUGAGUGUAAAGGGAAGGGGAAAUACCUGCACAGACCCUCCAGGACAGCUCAGCUGGCAAAAAUCCUGAAAGAAAAAGAAAAACAGCUCUUGCUGCAACAAAGCACUGGGGAAAGUACAGCAGAAAAGAAGCCCAAGAAGAAAAGAUCCAAAAGUGUCAGCAGCUCCAGCAGCAGCAGCAGCUCCAGCUCAGACAGUGCCUCCUCAUCUGACACUGAGGACUCCUCCUCCUCUUCCUCCUCCACAUCCUCCUCCUCCUCGUCCUCAGAUGACAGUGACACCGACUCCAGCUCCUCCUCCAGCUCCUCCCCUUCCUCCAGCCCUUCUUCCUCCUCCUCCUCCUCAGACUCCAGCAGCACAGACAGCACAGACAGCACCGACGGCAGCGCUGAGGAUGAGCCCCCCAAGAAGAAGAAGAAGAAAUAGUGGGGUGCAGGCAGGGACUGCUGCUCAGCCCCACACCCCAAACCCCUCACCACUGCUCCCCCUAAACAUCCCUGGGUUGUUCCCGGGACACGAGAGCUGGGGGGUGGCACGGGGGGGGGGGAGUUCCUAAAAGAGCAUUUCUUGUGGCUGAGCCGUUUGGGGGAAGUUUUAGAGAAAUAACCUGCAGGGGUUCUGUGAGGGGAGGGACAGCCAGCUGGGUGCUCAGGGCCUGCUGAGCCCCCACCCCUGGCACCUGCACUGGAUUUAGGGAGUUUGACCCCAAAAAGCAGAAGUUGGACCCUGCUGCCCCCAGAGCUGAGUGCGGGGAGCUGAGUGCACCAGGGUGCACAUGGGGCAUGGGGGGGUC